AUGGGUCAUCCCUCAACUUUCGCCAACGCACCUAUUACAAAAGUUGCCGUUCUUGGUUGUUCUUUAAUUUCAUUUUUACUUUCAAAUCAUCAAGACCUUUUAGACUUACCACUCAAACCAGAAUUAACCCAAAACCUACAAUUUUGGAGAAUUCUUUCACAUCAUUUUGUUUGUUCUGAUUUAAUUGACGUUUUACUUAUCGUUAUUUUAUUAUGGAAUGUUUCGAUACCUAUUGAACGUAUCUUUGGUUCAAUUAAGUAUGCUAGUUUCUUACUGGUGACCAUCAUCAUGGGAUCUUUUCUUGAACUUUUAGUUUUGGUAAUCGGAAAUCGAUUAUUCGAUUAUCAGGCGAUUCCAUCCGGUCCAUUCUUAAUCGCAUUUUCAAUUUUAUAUCAACAUCAAAAACUAAUCCCAUCACUUCAUGAUUAUGAUCUAAACCCAUUCAAAUUCGAUUCACAUACAUUCUUACCUAACCUAUUAUCACUCUUUAUAUUUUGUUUAAAUCCGAUUUCAUCUACUUUAGGUCUUUUAGUUGGAUCGAUUUAUAAUCUCAAUCAAUUCAAAUUCAAUCAAUGGAGAAUCCCAUCAAGUAUUUUACCUCGAUUUCUUCUUCAUUCUCAAACCUCAAUGUUUCUUAAAUUUGAAGAUCCGAACAGAAGACCAAGAACUUCGGGGGUUCUUGUUCCUUCACCGCCUACUGAGGUCGAGUUGAAUGAAUUGUUGGUGAUGUUUCCUGAUUUGUCUAGGGAUGAAGUUUUAAAGAAAUGGAAUUUAUCAGGUGGUAGUUUAACAAGAACAGUCGAUUUGAUUCUCAAUCCUAGUAGUACUGCCGCAUCUAUGUAG